AUGACAAGAGGGACGACUGGGGCGGCUCGAGGAGCCGGCGAACCGCCCGAAAGCUACCCAAUGCGAGUGAGGCGGCCCAAAUGUCAGCCGUCGGAGAGGGCGAGAGGGGGACAGAGGAGGGGUACCGACAAUUGUCCGGGUCUCGGGAUCAUGUACCAGUCGAGGCGUGUUCGACGGAUCGGCUCCCUGUGGAAGCCAGGACAGUCGACAAGACGUGCAACUCCGGUUUGUGGAAGAGAAGACAGACCAUCUACGAGGCUCCAUUCAAAAGCUGCCUGA